AUGGAAACAUAUCUGUUUCAAUCGAAUCCCUGCAACGCUGGCAACGAGUUGGCCUUGGGACAUCUACACCUUUUGUUGUUUCGUUUUGGUCCCUCACAGCUGAUCUGCCAGGAGAAGCCCUUUGCAGGUGGCCUGAUUGGUGGCGAGUCCGCCUUCUCGGGGCAGGCCUUCAACUUCGACCCCCUGGGGCUCUCCGUGAAGUGCGAGAAGUACCUCCCAUGGUUCCGCGAGGUGAGUGCGGAGCUGAAGCACGGGCGCAUUGCCAUGUUGGCCUGGGUCGGCUUGGUGGUGCCGGAGUUCGUCCGCAUUCCAGGCCCUGACGCGUGCUAUGGUGCAAAGAAUGUGGUCGAAGCGCACAACGCCUGCGCUGGCGAUCCCUACUUCCCCUUUGUCAUCAACUCCACUGACUUCUACGGCACCAGCGGCCACCAGGUGGGCCCUCUCUUCCAGGUCUUCGCCUUCUGCGGGCUGGUGGAGAUGCUGACGACCUUCGCAAAGACCAGCAACAUCUCCAACAAGCCUGGGCUGACCCUUGAGAAUGCAGGAGAUUACCGCCUGGGUUUGAACUUCCUCCCCAAAGAGCCUGAGAAGAUCAAGGAGAUGAAGUUAAAGGAGUUGAAGAACGGGCGCCUGGCGAUGUUGGCCUUCGGUGGAGCCAUCACUCAGGCCACGCUGACUGGCAACGGAUUCCCUUGGCUCUAUGCUCAGAAGGAGUCUCAGACAUCCACCUUCGGAGCCUCCGUGCCCAGCACCCGUCCGCGCGCGAUGCUCGGAGGCGAGCAGGUGCCAGCAGCUGGCCACGCCAAGGGAGAGAUCUUGCGCAGCAGCGAUGACGGAAUUGCAGGCAUCAAACAGGCCUAUGAUCUGCCCUCAAAGAGCAAGAAUCACUUCGCAGAGGUCACGACAACCAACCAAGACCUCAUGAAGCACCCGAAGGUCUUCACUUUGAGCGCCAAGACGCGGGAGCUGCGCACCGCGCUGGCCGAGCCCAGCGGCGACUUCGGGCGCGCGGGGCGGUCCAGCUGGCACUACAACAUUGCGCGCCCGCUGGGACGCAAGGUGAAGCUGCACCAGAUCCCCUCCGCGAAGUUCGAUGGCAGCUUUCUGCACUCGGACUUCACACAAACGCGACACAUCGCUCCUUCCGGGCGCGCGCCCGGUGCCGAGGUCUUGUCGGUGCUGCCCGAGGUGGGCGGCUCGCGGCCGCGCAGCCAGUGCACCGGCUCACGGCAUUCGAGCAUGGCGAGCACCACGCCGCGGCGGGCGAGGGUCGAGUUUGAGACGAUCUUCAAUCGCACCAAGCUGCAGGCGGAGUCCAAGGGCUACAAGAUGAGUGCAGCCGUGCCCUUCUUGCCCAUGUCUCCUGCCCUGGAAGGCCUGCCAGGCGAGGAGGAGGGCUUCGAUCCCAUGGGCUUCUCGUUGGCCAUCGACAUCCGUUGGCUCCGGGAGGCAGAGCGAGACGGAGGACGUCAGCGCGACGUGAGAGCGGAGCUGAAGCACGGCCGUGUGGCGAUGCUGGCCACCGUGGGCUGGAUCGCCACGGAUCUGGGCUUGCGAGUGCCGGGCGAGCCCUUCCAGGUUUCGACCAUCGAGGCUCAUGAUGCCAUGGUGAAGUUUGGCUCCAUGCCGCAGACACUUGACGUGGAGUGGCAGUUGGUCGGAAUUGGGAUCCUGGUGUGGCUGGGAUACUUGGAGCUCUUUGGCUUUUUGGCCAUCAUCAACAUGCAGGAGGGCAAGACCGACCGAAAGCCGGGCGACUUCGGGCUGCGGGGCUUCUACCCCGCCGAUGCGAAGGGCCAGUACGACAUGCAGGUGAAGGAGCUCCGAAACGGGCGCCUCGCCAUGUUGGCCUUCUCAGGCAUCGUCACCGUCGGAGUGCUCACCCAGGAGAAGUGGCCCUUCUUCAACGCUGUGGUGAACGCGGUGUCCUCGCCGUCUAAGACGAUCUCCUCGAAGUCCUCCUUCUGUGGCGCAGCAGCACUCUCGGCCCGCAGCAACACCGUGGCCUGUCAGGCAGCCACCAGCAAGAGCAUGCCGUUCCUGCCAAAGCCUCAGAACCUGGGCGGCCUGGUCGGUGGCGAGGCGGAGUUCGACCCUCUGGGCUUCUCCGACACCUUCGACGUGAAGUGGCUCCGCGAGAGCGAGUUGAAGCACGGGCGCGUUUGCAUGUUGGCGACGAUUGGCUUCGUCGCCGAGCAGUAUUGGAACUUCCCAGGCUGCCCUGAGACGCCAGAUGCCUUGCAGGCCAUCUACACUGCGCCACCCAACCUCACAGCGUUGCUGAUCUUCAUCGCCGGAUACAUCGAGAGCUCCUCCUACGAUGGCAAGCUGACAAUGCUGGACAUGUUCGAGGGCGAGGGCGCAAAGAGGGCACCGGGUGAUUUGAACUUCGGGAAGCGCUUCUUGCCUGGGGACAAGGAAAAGGCUGACGAGCUGGCCACCAAGGAGCUCAACAACGGUCGCUUGGCCAUGCUGGCCUUCGCAGGAAUGAUUCACCACAACCUGGUGGUGAAGGGUCCGCUCUUCCCUCUCUUCCCCGAGGGCUGGCAGGGACCGCAGGGCUCCUGGGAUUUGGACAGCACGGCGGGCGCGCUGAACAGCGGUAGUCUGGGAUUGUGAGCAGAGGUUCAACGUGUCACCAAGGGCGGCUCUUUUUGAUGCCCUACUUCGAGGUCUACGACUUGAAGCCAAAGCCGGGCAGAA